CACACUUAAACUUCUUUUUCGUAAAGGUAGUACAUGGUAAAAAGAUCUUCACCAAUAGCAUUAACUUUCAAAACAACUGCAGUAAAGUAUAAAUGUUUUAUGUUAGAAAAAUGUGAAGAAAUAUAUUUGUAGUAUUUUCAAAUCCAAUACAGAUAUCACAAAACAUUUUGAAGCAAGUGUUUCAAGUAGAUUUUGAUCGUUGUGAGAUGCUUUAGUUGUAAUUAAUGACAUCCCCCUUUAGUCCUAACCCCAUCCUGCCCAUCUAAAAUCACAGGGAAAUGAUUUCAUGAACAACACUGACGCACCUAACCCUAGUUGUUGCCUAAUGCUAAAUUCCUAACUGUAAUCUGAUCAGUUGUUUGCUCCAGCAUCAACAAUCCAGGAACAUGUGGGAUACAGAGUGAAAAAUCACGUUCACUACAGGGCGCGGGUCAGAAAUAUGAAUGGCAAAAUGGUUUACAGACUCUUGUUAAAAAAUAUUUUCUUUUUGGUUUGGCUUAUUUUUCACCCUUAUCUAAGUGAUGCACAUCAAGGUUUCAGGAAGCUUCACAUUUCCACAGAGAAACACUUCCUCCACUACAAGUUUACAGUCCUGACUAAAGCAGACACAUUCCCAGAGUUCAGUGCUGAGGUUGUUGCUGAUGACAGACGGAUCAAACACUACAAUAAUGAAGAAAGAGUCUGGAUUCUGACUGAAGAUGACCGGACUGAACCUCCUAAAGAUCCACCUGAUUCUAGAGACUGGUUCAUUCAUCAGAUCAGGACUCUGACAAACUGCACAAACUCACAGUGUUCUGAGCUUCAUGUUCUUCAGAGAAUAAUUGGCUGUGAACUGGAGGAAUUUCCUUAUGGAACAAAGAAUCUGACUGUCUUUGAUGAAUAUGGAUUUGAUGGAGAGGAUUUUAUAUCCUUAAAUUCUGACACUAUGAAGUGGAUUGAUAAAAACCCCAAAGCCAAAGAAACCAAAGAGAAAUGGGAUCUUCACACAGGACGAAACCAAUUCAAGUAUUUCUUCAAGAACUGCAUGAACUGGAUCUCAAAGUUUAUCAACAAAAAACAGAGUUCUCCAGAUGUUCACAUCUUUGCGAGGAAAUCUCCUGAUGAUCACAGUAAGCUGGUUCUGACGUGUCUGGCCACUGGUUUCUACCCCACAGAAGUUCGGAUGAACAUUAGAAGGAACAGAACCAAUCUUAAGCAUAAAACAUCUUCUGGAAUCAGACCAAAUGAUGAUGAAACCUUUCAGAUGAGAAUCAGUGUGGAGAUCGACAGAAAUUUUGAGGGAUCUUAUGACUGCCGGGUAUUUCACAGCAAUUGGAUACUACCAUUUACAAUAAAAUGGGAUGGAAAUUGUGCUGACUGUGAAACCGAAUCUCAGAAUCUCACUUUAAUAUUAUUAGUAGUAGCAGUAGUAAUUCUAGCUGUAGCUCAAGCUCUAGCUGUAGUUCCAGCUCUCAUUGUGUAUAUUUGGUGGCUCUGCAUAAGGAAAUGUUCAAAAGGUGAGUUCUAAAUAUUGAACAAUGUUGCUUUAAAUGUCUUGGUUUUCAGUAUCCUUAAAGACAUUUCCAAAAUGAUAAUGUUUUGACAGUAUAUAAUGUAUAACAGUAGAAAUAUAAACUAGUAAAGAAUUUGUAGAUCUGAGCAGGACGAGGCCGAGAGCUGUGGGAACAGAGUGAUGAUUUAUAGAGGAGAAUAAAUCAUCAUCUCCACACACAGAUAUCUCCACAUCACAGUCACAUGAUCCAGACCUCUAUACUCCAGUGUUUUCAUCAAGAGUUCAGUGCUGAUGGAUUUAAAGACUGAACUGAGAUGUGAACAGAUUGUGGUUUUUGUGUACUUAUUAUAAAUGCAAUUUAACUUGUUUUAUUUGUCAGGGACGGUACAGAAUAACAUUGCUGGACAAUUCUGAGCAGCAGAUGUUCUGUGUUUCUAGGACUGUAUUUUUGUCAUCUUUUUCUUAUUUUCUGCAUCAAAUGACAGGAAAAACAGGAGAGGAUUUGAAGUUUCAUCAAACUCUCUUCUGUGCUCCUCUCUUCCUCAAAUUACUUUUAUUCUGAUAAAGUAGAAAUGCAACUCAAACCGUGUGCAUUUUGCAUCAUAUUUAGAACAUUGUCAUAUUU